AUGGUGUUCUCCUGGAGAGAAGAUCCUGGAGUUGAGCGCUUGCUGUUCUUGCUUCUGCUCCUCGCAGCCUGGGAGGCAGGGAGCGGCCAGCUGCACUACUCGGUCCCCGAGGAGGCCAAACACGGCACCUUCGUGGGCCGCAUCGCGCAGGACCUGGGGCUAGAGCUGGCGGAGCUGGUGCCGCGCCUGUUCCGGGUGGCGUCCAAGGAGCGCGGGGACCUUCUGGAGGUAAAUCUGCAGAAUGGCAUUUUGUUUGUGAAUUCUCGGAUCGACCGGGAGGAGCUGUGUGGGCGGAGCGCGGAGUGCAGUAUCCACCUGGAGGUGAUAGUGGACAGACCGCUGCGGGUUUUCCACGUGGAGGUGGAGGUGAAGGACAUUAACGACAACCCGCCUGUGUUCCCAGUGACACAAAAGAAUUUGUUUAUUCCUGAAACCAGAGCUCUUGACUCUCGUUUUGCACUAGAGGGCGCAUCGGAUGCAGAUAUAGGAACAAAUUCUUUGUUGACUUACAGUCUUGACUCUAGUGAAUAUUUUACUUUGGAGGUUAAAAGAAACGAUGAGGAUGUUAAAUCCCUAGGACUUGUGUUGAAAAAACUCCUAAACCGAGAGGACAGUUCUGAACAUCAUUUACUAAUUACAGCAGUUGAUGGUGGGAAACCAGAGCUCACCGGUACUAUGCAAGUGAAGAUCACUGUCCUAGAUGUAAAUGACAACGCGCCAACGUUUGAAAGGACGCUGUACAAAGUUAAGUUAUUUGAAAAUGUACCCAAUGGUACCUUAGUCGUGGUAGUUAACGCCUCUGAUCCGGAUGAAGGAGUAAAUAAGGACAUUAUAUAUUCUUUCAAUACAGACACGUCAGCAGAGAUUAUGUCAAAAUUCCACUUAGAUGCGGUCAAUGGAUACAUCACUGUAAAUGACAAUAUAGAUUUUGAGAAAACUAAGUCAUAUGAAAUUCAGGUAGAAGCAACGGAUAAAGGAAUUCCACCAAUGACAGAUCACUGCACUGUUCUAGUGGAAAUUCUGGACAUCAAUGAUAAUGUACCGGAGCUGGUUAUCAAAUCACUAUCAUUACCUGUAUUAGAAAACUCUGCACUUGGCACCGUCAUUGCCCUGAUCAGCGUGUCUGAUCGUGACUCUAGUGUUAACGGACAGGUGACCUGCUCAGUGACACCGCAUGCCCCAUUCAAGCUGAUUUCCACCUUUAAGAAUUACUACUCGCUGGUGCUGGACAGCGCUCUCGAUCGUGAGAGAACUUCAGAAUAUGAGUUGGUAGUAACUGCGCGGGAUGGAGGCUCACCUUCCUUGUGGGCCACCGCCACUGUGUCCGUGGAGGUGGCUGACGUGAAUGACAACGCGCCUGUGUUCGCGCAACCCGAGUACACGGUGUUCGUGAAGGAGAACAACCCGCCGGGCUCCCACAUCUUCACGGUGUGCGCGCGCGACGCGGACGCGCAGGAGAACGCGCUGGUGUCCUACUCGCUGGUGGAGCGGCGCGUGGGCGAGCGCGCGCUGUCGAGCUACGUGUCUGUGCACGCGGAGAGCGGCAAGGUGUUCGCGCUGCAGCCGCUGGACCACGAGGAGCUGGAGCUGCUGCAGUUCCAGGUGAGUGCGCGGGAUUCUGGAGUGCCUGCCCUGGGGAGCAACGUGACUCUGCAGGUGUUUGUGCUGGAUGAAAAUGACAAUGCGCCCGCGCUGCUGGGCUUUGGGGCAGGUGGUGCAAGCAACACGGUGAGCGAGCUGGUGUCGCGGUCAGUGGGCACUGGCCACGUGGUGACGAAGGUGCGCGCAGUGGAUGCUGACUCUGGAUACAAUGCGUGGCUGUCGUAUGAGCUGCUCCCUGGAUCCAGCAGUGGGCGCAGCCUGUUUCGUGUGGGACUGUACACUGGCGAAAUCAGCACGACGCGCACCCUCAAUGAGGAAGAUGCACCUCGCCAGCGCCUGUUGGUGCUGGUGAAGGACCACGGUGAGCCCCCGCUAACAGCCACAGCCACUGUCCUCCUGUCUCUGGUGGAGAGCGGCCAGCCUCCAAAAAUCUCUUCGCGAGCGCUAGUGGGCGCAGUGAGCCCAGAGGAGACUCUGGUAAAUGUAAACGUGUACUUGAUCAUCGCUAUCUGCGCGGUAUCCAGCCUGUUGGUGCUCACGCUGUUGCUGUACACUGCGUUGCGCUGCUCGGUGGUGCCCAGUAAAGGCGCCUGCGGGCCUGGGAAGCCCACGCUGGUAUGCUCGAGCGCUGUAGGGAGCUGGUCGUACUCGCAGCAGCAACAGCAGAGGAUUUCCUCGGGAGAGGGAUUGCCCAAGACAGACCUGAUGGCUUUUAGCCCCAGCCUUCCACCCUGUCCAUCACUUAACCAGGACAGAGAGGACCAACAGGGAGUGGAUCUUUCCACCACAGUGAGUAAUAUUUCUUUGUUCCCCAGUAGUAGUUUUUUGCAUUUUGUUCUUCAAUAUUUCUGGUGCUUUAGAUAUUUGUAA